AGCAUCUCCUGUGCUUUGUAAAAGCUUUUUGACGGACAAGAUCACACAAAUUUCACAGAUUCAGCUAUCAUUACCAAGAGACAUGACAGAGGACUCAGGGACUGCUGUGUCAGAAAGCUAUGAAGACUACUAUAAUUCCAAAGAAGUCAUUUCCGGAACACCAUGCAAUAAUGGCAACACAAAGGCCUUCAGUGAGGUUUUCCUCCCCACCCUGUACAGCAUAGUUUUCAUCAUUGGCUUCAUUGGAAACGGCCUGGUAGUGUGGGUCCUGAUCAGAUACCGUCAAAAAUCCAAUAUGACAGAUGUGUGCCUCUUCAACCUAGCCCUAUCUGACCUACUCUUUCUUGUGUCACUCCCUUUUUGGGCUCAUGGUGCCAUAGACGAGUGGAUUUUCGGCAAAUUCAUGUGUCAUACCAUAACAGGUCUGUUCAUGAUAGGUCUCUAUGGCAGCAUCUUCUUCAUGGUCCUUAUGACACUGGAUCGCUAUGUCGUCAUCGUCCAUGCCCACAGUAUCUUUUCCAGAAAUCGGUCUUCAAAAAUGGGUUUGAUUCUCGCCUCAUUUGUAUGGAUACUCAGUCUGCUUGCAUCCCUUCCUAAUAUUAUUUUUGCCGAAGAGGAUAAGACAAGAGGCAAAACUGCCUGUGGAUCAGAUUUUCCUGGAGGUACAGCCUGGAUGUCAUUUACUUACCUUCAGAUGAACUUCCUAAGCUUGAUUAUCCCUCUGAUUAUUAUGAGCUUUUGCUAUUCCCGGAUCAUCCCCACUCUGCUCAGCAUAAAAUCACAAAAAAGGCACAAAGUCAUCAGACUCAUCCUGGCUGUGGUGGCAGUUUAUUUCCUCUUCUGGACUCCAUACAACAUUGUCAUGUUUCUCAUGUUCCUGCAGAGGAAAGGCUACAUGUAUAAUUGUGAAAUGCAUAGUAAUUUGAGCCUUGCCAUGCAGUGGGUGGAAACUAUCGCCUUAAGCCACUGUUGCCUCAACCCUAUCAUCUAUGCCUUUGCCGGACAGAAGUUCAGAGGAGCAGUUCUUAAAGUCCUAAAAGAGCAGUUUCCAUUGUGCUUCAGCCAAUGCACAAAUUUCUCUCGACAGUUAUCUGAACGCAGAAGCUCAGUCUUCUCCAGAUCUUCUGAGUAUUCCUCUACACAAAUUGCAUAGAGCAAACGGAUUCCACCAGAGAAUUAUUUUCAUUCAGAGCUCAUAUUUUUGCCAUUCCUAAGUUCCCGUUUUUAUUGAAUGUAUCAAAUUUAUCUAGAAAGUUGUCUUUGUUCUGUUUUUUGACAAUUUUGAUUGACAAUAAUGAUGUAUGUUAAGUAGGAGAAUGCAGAAUUUGACACUGUUGCUAAGAUGUUCUUCCUUGUGCGUGUAUAUUGCUAAUAUAGAAGAUUUGCAAAUGAUACCAAGAAUAGUUGUGAUAUGAAUGAUUUCAUCAGCAAUUUUAAAUAAACCCACUGUUUGUAUUUGCAUCAGGGGUUAAAAAGUGUUUAAAAAAGCGUUCAUUUUCAGUUGACUUUUUGAAAUCUUUCUUGAAGAAACUGUAUUUUUAGUUUAAGUGUAUUUUAAGUUUUGCUUUUUUGUUUUUUAGUGUUUUUUAAUA